CGGCGGCGGCGGCCGUGGGAGGGCGGCGGCGGCCCGGUGCGGCCCGGCCCGCCAUGCGCCGGCCGUAGCCAUGCAGCGAGCCGAGCUGCGGGAGGGGGAGGCGGCGGCGGCCGCCGCGGCCUCCUACCGGGUCCUCAGCCGCCUGCUGGGCUACGGGGCCGGGCCGGAGGCGGGCGCGGCGGGCGGCGGCGUUACCGGCGCGGCGGGCGCCGGGCCGUUGGGCCCCGCCGGCGGGCGGCUGCCGGCGGCGGCGGCGUUACCGGGGGGUUGCGGGGGCCUGCGGGGCCCGCGACCGCCGCCGCAGCUGAUGGUGUUCCGCAACGCGGCGGAGGGGCGGCCCGGCGAAGAGGGCGGCCCGGCGGCGGGAGGCGGGGGCCCGGCGGGCGGCGGAGCCGAGCUGCUCUGCCCGCGGCACCGCUGCGCCCUGGAGCCCAAAGCGGCGGCGGGCGGGCUGGAGCUGCAGCUGGCGGCGCUGGGGCUGCGGCCGCCCGGGCUGGGGGCGAAGGGGCCGGCGGGCUGCCCCUGCCUCGGCCCGCCGCCGCCCGCCGGGCCCGCCGCCGAGGAGACCAGCGACGCCUUGCUGGUGCUGGAGGCGCUGGAGCCCGACGAGACCGGCAGCUGUUCCGAGGAGGAGCCCGGUUCCCCCGGCCGCGGAGCCGCCCGAGCCACCGGUAGAGGAGCCGCCGGUACCGGCCCCGCGCCGCCGCCCGCCGCCCCCGGGGGAGCCGGCCCCGGCGCCAGGAAGGGCUCGUUGAAGAUCCGCCUCAGCCGCCUCUUCCGCACCAAGAGCUGCAGCGGCGGCUCGGCCACCGGGGACGCCGCCGGGGCCACCGCGGAGGGCCGGCGCACCGGGGAGCUGCCCGCCUCGGCCGGCAGCCUGACCGACGUCUGCGGGGCCCGUGGCCGGGAGCAGGAGGCGGGCAGGAAACACAGACUGACAAGAACUCAAAGUGCCUUUUCCCCGGUUGUGUUCAGCCCCCUCUUCACAGGUGAAACAGUGUCACUGGUGGACGUGGACAUCUCUCAGCGAGGACUGACCUCCCCUCACCCUCCGACUCCGCCGCCGCCACCACGAAGAAGCCUCAGCCUGCUAGAUGAUAUCAGUGGGACGCUGCCUACAUCUGUCCUAGUGGGUCCGAUGGGUUCCUCCCUGCAGUCUUUCCCUCUGCCUCCGCCUCCUCCGCCCCACGCCCCAGACGCCUUCCCGCGGAUCGUCCCCCUGAGACCCACGGAGGCGAUGCCCGGCCAGCCCCCCCCGCACCUGCAGUGUCCGCUCUACCGCCCGGACUCCAGCAGCUUCGCAGCCAGCUUGCGAGAGCUGGAGAAGUGCGGGUGGUACUGGGGACCAAUGAACUGGGAGGACGCGGAGAUGAAGCUGAAGGGGAAGCCGGAUGGAUCCUUUCUGGUCCGAGACAGUUCUGACCCUCGUUACAUCCUGAGCCUCAGCUUUCGGUCGCAGGGCAUCACCCAUCACACCAGGAUGGAGCACUACAGAGGGACCUUCAGCCUGUGGUGCCAUCCCAAGUUUGAAGACCGCUGCCAGUCUGUGGUGGAGUUCAUCAAGAGAGCGAUCAUGCACUCCAAAAACGGGAAGUUUCUGUACUUCCUCCGAUCCAGGGUUCCAGGUCUUCCUCCAACGCCUGUCCAGCUCCUGUAUCCAGUCUCCAGGUUCAGCAAUGUCAAAUCCCUCCAGCACCUUUGCCGCUUCCGGAUCAGGCAGUUGGUCCGAAUCGACCACAUCCCUGAGCUCCCGCUGCCCAAGCCCCUGAUCUCCUACAUCCGCAAGUUCUACUACUACGACCCGCAGGAGGAGGUGUACCUGUCGCUGAAGGAAGCCCAGCUCAUCUCCAAACAGAAGCAGGAGACCGAAUCCUCCACGUAGCGAGGCUGCCUCGCCCGGCUUGUUGCUGUCACUGAUGGAAUUUGGUUGUUGCCAUCCUGUACCCGAGUCAGGCUGUGGUGGGGAGGAGGCACGGGACGGGGACGCCUGCUUCUGCGCCGCCGCUUCUGCUCUCCAGCUCUUUUGUACAGAGAAGAGGGUUCCAGACUCCGAAGAAGCACAGCGGAACGGGAACGAGAGCCUCGGCUCCUGGCGGAGGCGGAGGGGCUCGGAGGCAGCUGAGCCCAGCUCGCGGACUCCUUUGCAGAACAAAGAAUGUCACGGCACUAUUUCCAAUUUUUUGAAAGUUUUAUUUUUGAUGUCGUCAUUUUUUUUUUUUUGGUUUACUUUUUUUUUGGUUUAUUAUUUUCAGCAUGAGAAAUAACUGUCUUUAUGAUCAGCUGAAUUUUAGUAUCCUCCCUUGGAAACCUCCAGGUGGGGAGUGAGAGAGAGAGAGAAGGGGACUCUCUGGGAAGAUCAUCUGCUCCAGGCGUUAUGGCAGGACUCUUCUUUGGCCCUCUCCAGAGGGGAAGCAGCCGGAGAGCUGCUUGGAGGCAGACGGAGCCAGAAUCCCAUGCAGCUAUGUGGAAUAACCUCUGGGAACACGGAGCUCUGCCCCGCGGCAGCUGUGUGGUUCCCCUGCUUUUCUAGGAUUUGGGAGAAGAGGAGCGAACCUACUCUUGGGCAGCCGAGCUUUGCAGCUGGAUUUGCAGGGUUGGUCCUGUAUGAUUUUUAGGGAUUCCUUCCAAGGAAGGAAAAGAGCACGUGAGCCAUUGGGAUGUCCUGGAGCCUUCUGCCAAAGGGAACGGUUCCUGCCGCGCUGGGGCGCGAGGGCUGCUCCGAGGAGGAGGCGUUUUUCCCUUAGCAAACACUGGAAGAUGUCGCUGAAGCCCCGUGAGAAGCAGAAGGAAGGUGGCAAAGCUGUUGCCGUACCUGGUGCAGCAGUCCCUGGACCAAAGGUACUCGCUGCAGCGAUGUCGGUCUCGCAGAGCCGUGGGACCUGCACUUUUGGCCUUUCUCUGGCUGCGUCCAGAAGCUGUGAAUGAAGUGGUUUUCUGUAGAGCUGUGAAGGAUCCUGACCAGGAGCCGCUGGGGCAUUAAGAGGCAUCUUUGGGGUGACUUGGAGCAAGAAAUGGAUAACUGAGGGUUCUUCUGGAAUGGCAUCCGCUCUCUUCGAGCUUGCUUGCUGCUUCCUCCUCUUCCUGGGAUGUCCAUGGAAGCACCAGCAGUUCAGAAACAGUAAAGCCAAGAGAGCAGGUAGCUCUCGCUGCGUUUCGGGGCUUGGCACUGGCUGAAAUAACUCCCCACACCCCUUCGGAUCCUGAUCUGCUCUUUCGUCCGCUGCAGCAACCACAAAGGGGUUGGGGAAGCUUAAAGUUGGCCCGAAGUGACGCUGAGAAGUCUGGAGAAGCAUCUUUCCUCCUGUAUUUAGGCGAGCGAUUGUUCCUGUGCUCUCAGCCCGGGGGAAGGAAAUGCUCCGUCCUGCAAGUGUGGUCUGAAGAGUGCGUGACCCGGGUCUCCGGGUGGGAGAUGGGUCCCCGCCGAGCUGGCUGCUGUCACUCGGGAGCUGCUGGGACUCUGGUCUUGCCCUGCAGAGCGAUCUGUGUCCUGGAACGGGACACAGUCGCGUGGAUCUUAAAGCAGCCUGGAGAAAACUCCGGUUGUCUGCCUCUGCCAAGCGACGCUACGAAGGGUGCUAACAAAUCCCGCUCCCCCUCUCUCCGCCGCCACCUCUGGCCUCAGUUUUGGUCUUGGAGAAAAAGUAUGUUUUUUUUUUAAAAAGGGUUUGGCUUCCAAGUGAAACUAAUAACUAAGCUUCAAAAUCUGUAGAAAUACCUCAUGGGACGCUACUCACUACUGACUUUGCGUUGUCGGGGCAGUGGUUAUCGGGACGGGGGAGCUGCCCCAAGACGUGCUGAACAGCAUAUCCUGACCCUUGGUGACACUGGGGCUAAUCCAGUCUACAGCUGCCACGUCCCCUCUGUGCGGGGACCGGCGUCCGUCCCUCCGCAGCCGCGUCCCUCCCCCCCGUCCCCCUCGGCCGCAGACCUACGGCUCGCACCGAGUUAUCAGCGGAGCCUGCGAAUAAAUGCAGCUGCUUCCAUUAAAACGCACAGCACGUGGAGCGCAUGUCGGCGCGGGGGGACGCAAAAAGCAUCUGUACUUGUGCAGGUGACACUCGAAGAUCGGCUCACCUGGCCCCGCUGCGUCCCGGCUCUCCACAGGCUGAGGAUUGGAAUCUUCCAACUUAUCUCUAUGCUGGAAAGGAAAACCUUCCCGAGAGCCAAGCCGGGGCUGACGCCUGGAGUGUCCAGCUCCGUGCCAGCCGGGAACGGUGCGCCCGGUGCGCGUGUCUCCUCUCGAGCUUCUCUCCACAAAGAGACCCCGGAGGCGAGGACGCGACGGCGGGGGCUGGUGCGUGUGGAUAGGCGAUGGCCUGCGGGAUGUGUGAAAUGGGGGAAGCUGUGAGUCUCCCCUUGCCAGAGCCGGGGAGAAGCCGGUCCUCUCCCGAGCAUCGCGGCAAUAACAGCGUUUCCCCUCCUUCCUUCCCCGUUCUGGGAUGGAGAGGUGCGGGUUAGAUGGGGCAGGGAGGGAGAGCAUCCGAGCGGGUGAGCAGAGCGGGGAGAACUGGUGCUGGCCGGGCACUGGGAAUGGGUGCAGAGCCCGUCCUGCCCAUGCUGGGCUUGCCUGGGGUGAAAACACACAACCUGCCCUGGGGUGGGUCUGGAGAGUCCGUCCUGCACCUCUCCGUCCCCCCCAUGGACCUCCCUGUGUCCCCCCCGGAGCUCCUCGUGGCAUUCGGAGCUGUUGAAGAAGCGGCCAGACUUUAGGGGCAAUACUUGAAUUACAUGAAUUUGGUCAGUCGUCGCUGUCCUUGGGAGGGUUUCUCCCAACCUGCUGCUGCUUCUGCUGUUACUUGAACCCCCUGCACGUCGGGGGCCGCCCUCCCCACGCGGAAGCCAGCAGCAAGGCUUGGGCUCUGUCCGCAGCAGCCGAAAUGAGGAUGGAAACGUUCUCUGGGGUGUCGGGGAGGGGACGGUGGGACGCCGGCGUGUCCCGCUGAUGCGCGCGGCGUCACCCGUAGCCGCACGAGACCCACCUGCCCCCCGGGAGCGGUGGGGACGGCUCUGCCAUGGGGGCGGCAGAUGCUCUUCAUCCUCCCCGGGGCCCUGCUCCUCCUCUCCUCGCUCCAAGGCAGGCGGGGGGGCAGACGGUGGCUGGUGGUGCUGGACAAGAUCCCACCCUUCGCUGGGGUUAACGGCCCUCCCUUGAAAUCCAUUUAAAAUAAAGCUAUUCCUAGAGCUCCUUUACAUCUCGGUGUAAAGGGAGGGAGGGACCUGACCUGCUGUUGGGGCAUGGAGAAGGGGCAGAGGUUUUGUUUCCAGGCUGGAUGUGAGCGGAGCGGGCUCUGCCGAGGGGGCGAUGGGCUUCGCGGACACGGGUGACGUCUCAAAGAGGUGGCUCCGUCCUGUCUUGCCGUUGGAUCCCCGUCCCAGUUUGGGGAGGGACACCUCAUGGUUGUGUCCUAGCUGGAAUGUUUGGGUGUUCGGGUUUUUUUUUUGUUUCUUUUUUUUUUUUUUUUUUUUUGUAGGCUGGUUCUGGAGGUUGCUCUCAUCCUGCUGAUUUGGGGAAAAAUUUUUACAGCCUCCUCUGUCCGACCUUGAAUUCUGCAGAGGUUGGUGCCGUCCUCCCCCCUCCAUCAGGGACCGGAGGCAGACGAACGAUGAAACGGACCAUAAAAACUACCAAAGCGCAGAAAGUACACACGGAAAAGGUGCUUUUUCAGCAGGAUGGGUGCAGCCCUCGGACGGGUGUCGUACCCGGGUAUGGGGGUGGCAGAUCCCCGGGGACACGGUUUGCUGGAGCCGCCCGCUCUGCGCGGGGACCCCCUCCUCUCCCUCCGCCUCUUUCGAGGCCGGGGGGGGGAAAGGACCUGGUUUGCUCCCGAUAAGCCAGGACGGUUUUCUCACAUGGAAAUUUUCAGCUCAGCGUCAACUUCCUUGGGGCUAGAGGAAGGGGAGGGAAAAAAUUCAUCCUGAGCUUGGUGUUUGAGACCUGCUCGCGGGAACCAGCUGAGCCGCUCGCGCGAGAGGGAACGGGGGGGGGUCUGGAAGCAGCAGGCCCCUGGCGCUGACGCAUCUGGCCAGUUUUUAAACCCUAAAAGUGUUUUUAAUGGGGACCUGUGUCGCCCUGCGUGUGCCUGAGGGAGCGCGGGGGUGCUGGGAGGGGUGCCCCGGCCGGGCAGGCUCUGGUCGGCGCCAAAGUCUCGUCGGGGAGCGUUUUGGGGAGAAAAGGGCUGGUUUGCCAAAGGAAGGAUCUUCUGCUCCCACUCGGCCGGGAACUGGCCCUUGUCCUUCGCUCUUGGCACUUCCAUCUGCCCUCGGGAUGGUUUCACCCUUAGCAUUGACCCCCCCCAGCCCCCCUCGCCUUCAGGGAUGGGGGGGAUUUAUCAGCCCCCCCUGCAGCGCUCCCCUCGCUCCCCAGCCAGAGUCUUCCAGGUGAGACGGGGCAGGCGGGACCCCCCUCCCCACCAUCCCCCGGGAUCUGGGGGGUCCCGGCGCCGCUGCCUCCCACCGUGCCUCCAGCUGAAAAGCACAACCGGUGCCCCCCCACCCCCAAAACCACCACCACCCCCACCCCCCCCCCCAGUUCACUGCUGGGCAGCGAGUAACACUGGAUCCGGACUUGCUUUUAGAGGAGGCAGGAGCAGAUCUCGGCAGCUCCUCGCGCUGCUCCUCGCCAGGACUGUCGAACCGCCCUUUGGUAGAAACGCAGCUUUGCUUCGUUUUAUCUUUUUUUUUUUUUUUCUUUUCUUUUUUUUUUUUUUUUUUUUGGUGUGUGCUUAAUUUAUUAAAAUAGUUGCUGUAUAAUUUAUUUUCAUAAACUAUAUUAAAAAGUUACUAAAUGGUAAAAACAGACUUGCAGGCCAAUCUUUCAGAAGGAGAAAAAAAAAAAAGAUGAUGAUGAUGAUGAUGAUUUUUUUUUGAUAUAAACAAACAAAUGCACUUUUGGGUGUGUUUGGUUAUUUUUGGGGGUGGGGAGGGGGAGCCUGGCUGUACCUGUGGGUUUGUCUGUAUAUAUUGUAUUAAUAGGCAUGUUUGGCCUCUCGUGUGGGGACGUUAGUGACUGCUGCAGGUCCUGGGGGGGAAGCUGGCGUGAAGCUCCCUUUUAUUUUUAUUUUUAUUUUUUUUUCUUUUGUAAGCCGUCAGUGAGGGAGAGCUGACUUCUGUGUUUGUAACCCAUUUCUAGCGUCGUUUUGACCCAUGGUUUGGGUUUGGGUUUUGGUUUUUUUUGUUUGGGUUUUUUGUUUUUUGG